CGCCGCAAUUCCAAAUUGCUUUCGAUGACAUCACUCUACACCAUCCAAAAAUAUGACCGUCACACACUUGUAUUAUUUGUGUCUUAGCAUCGACUCCUCUUCAGGGCCAUCCGUAGUUUCUAUUUCCUUCUCUUCCUGUCAUAUCCUACCCUUAUUCCACACGUAUGUCACGUGUCUAAGGUUGACCGUCCAAUAGAAAUAGAUUUUUGUGUUUACACUACCCGCGCUCUCUUCGGAAAAGUUUUCUCAAACCUAAGACAUAUCAAAAUAUUGUAUCUUGUAUCUUACAACCUUCUUACGUACCAUGGCCCAAAUUGCAUUAUCCGACGAAUCGAAGGAAAGAAUCUCUACUUUGUUGGACUAUUCCAGAACCAUUAGUCACUACGGAUUUAUCCCUUUUAUCCUCUACUUAGGCUGGUCCGCAACCCCAAGCAAGCCCAGCUUGUUUAGCUUGUUGUCUCCAUUCCCAUCUGCUUAAUUGGAUUUAAUAGCGUUUUAUCAUAAAUAUAUACAAUCUGUACAUAAUACUUAUAGACCGUGAACUUGC